AUGCCUUACUGCACAGAGUGUCAUGUAUCUGUAGAUAAUCGUCUGUGGUCUGGUCAUUUACGAAGUAAUAAACAUAAAAAUAAUAGCGUAGCUCCUUUUAGUAGUAAUGUAAAAAUAAUUAAGUCAUCAUUCAAAGGACGUAUUGUAAGUUAUAGGAUUAUUGCAACUGAGGAGUUAGCCCAUCAAUUCCCAGAGAGAUAUUUAUUACAAAUCCGAGAACAAGUCAAAGAUCUAAUAGACCUGGCACUAAAAAGACAUACAUCUGUUAAAGUUAACUUUGAACUAUUUUUGUUUUUCUAUUGUUCAAAAACGAUCAGCAAGAAAUUAAAUCAUUUGCUACAAAAAAUUUUAUUAUUAAUUUAAAUUACGAAUUCGAUACAAUUUACAAAACAGCAAUUUCAUUACUUCUUAAAAAAAUAGAAGAGUUUCAAGAAAGAGAUAGCGGCUGGUCAUUUUUGAAUAACUCCUAUUUUGAAAUAAAUAUUAAUAAAUAUCAGCCUCUCAGUGGAUCCAAAUUUAUUCCUUUACCAAAUUUUAUAAAAAAUAAAAAAGCUUGCUUGAAUAUUAAGAACAACGAUAACUAUUGUUUUCUAUGGUGUGUUGUGGCUGCCUUGUAUCCUGCAACCAAACAUGCUGAUAGAGUUUCAUCAUAUCCUCGUUUUAAAGAUGUUUUAAAUGUUAAUGAUUUGUCAUUUCCUAUCAAAUUCACGGACAUAGCCAAUUUUGAAAAAAAUAAUCGCCAUAUAAAUAUUUAUGUGUAUGGUUUGAAAAAUAAUAAGACCGUUGUAGGACCAUUAUAUAAAACUAAUAAUAAAAAAUCUAGAAGCAUCCACUUAUUGUAUUUAGAAAAUGAUACAAAUUCCCAUUACUGUCUUAUUAAGAAUUUACCCCGUUUAGUUCGAACUCAAAUUUCUAAACAUCAUGGUAAAUUAUACUAUUGUGAAUCUUGUUUAUUGUUUUUUUCUACGCUUAGUCAACUUGAAACACAUCUGUGUGGAGGGGUUGUCACAAUUUUGCCAGAUAAGGGAUCAGUACUAAUGUUUAAAAAUUUUCAAAGAAAACAAGACAUUCCUUUCGUUAUUUAUGCCGAUUUCGAAACACUGCUAGUACCGAUUUCCAGCAAUGAAUUUGACACUGUUAAUACAACAUAUAACCAGCGACACGUGCCAGCCGCUUUUGGUUAUAACAUAGUAUCUUCUUUUAAUGAUAAUGAUAAUAAAAGAUAUAGAAGUUAUCGCGGUGAGGAUUGUGUUGCAAAAUUUAUAGAGUUUCUUACUCAGGAUGUAAUUGAAAUAUAUAAAUUACUAACUAAGAAUAAUCCUAUAAUAUUCACUGAUAAAGAUGUUAAGGAUUUUAGGAAUUCAAUUAAGUGUACCAUAUGUGAAAACUUGUUGUUGUCUGACAGAGUGAGAGAUCACUGUCCCAUCACAGGCAAGUACCGCGGUGCAGCUCAUCGACAUUGUAACCUACAACAUAGAGUACCUAAAUUCAUACCAAUAUUUUUUCAUAACUUAUCAGGAUAUGAUUGUCAUUUAUUUGUGAAAAAAUUAGGUGAAAUACCUGGUCAAAUAAAAAUAAUACCCAAGACCAAAGAAAAAUAUAUAUCAUUUUCAAAGUUUAUUCCCGUAGCAAAUAAUGAAUACGUACAAUUAAGAUUUUUGGAUUCUUUUAAUUUUUUAGGAACCAGUUUAGACAGACUUGCUAAAACAAUGCAGAUAGAAGACUUUAUUAAUCUUAGAUUACAUUUUUCUGAUAACAAACACUUUAGUUUGCUAACACGAAAAGGUAUUUAUCCAUACGAUUAUAUGACAAAUUGGAAAUGUUACGAACAACAGACGCUACCGUUGAAGUGUUACUUCCACAAUUCUUUGACGAAUGAAGACAUUAGCGAUGAUGAUUAUAACCAUGCUAAAACUGUCUGGAAUUGUUUUAAUAUAAAUAAUUUAGGAGAAUAUACUGAUCUGUACUUAAAAACAGAUGUACUUUUACUAACAGAUAUAUUUCAGAAUUUUAGAAAAACUUGUAAACAAUAUUAUAAACUUGACCCUGCAUUUUAUAUAACAACUCCUAGUUUAUCUUUCGAUGCGAUGUUACUUAAAACAGGCGUUCAAUUAGAACUGUUGACAGAUUUGGCAAUUGUUAAAAUGAUUCAGGAUGGUAUCAGAGGAGGUUUGUGUAUGUGCUCGCAUCGGUAUGCAAGAGCCAAUCAUAAAUAUAUGCCUGAAUAUAAUUCUGUAAAGCCAGAUUGUUUCAUAGCGUAUCUAGACUGUAAUAAUUUAUAUGGUUAUAGUAUGUGUCAGUAUUUACCACAUUCUAAUUUUAGAUUUCUUAAUGAAGACGAAUUAAUUCAUUUUCGCGUUCAGAAUAUUGAAGAUAAUGCCGAAUGGGGCUACAUUUUAGAAGUUGAUCUUUUAUAUCCUGAUCAUUUACACAAUUAUCAUAAUGACUUGCCUUUUUGUCCUGAAAAAUGCAUUCCUCCGGGUGGCAAAACAAAAAAACUUAUCGCAAAUUUAUAUAAUAAAUACAAUUAUGUUAUACAUUACGUUCAUUUAAAAAAGUGUCUAGAACAUGGUUUGAUAUUACGUAAGAUUCACAGAGUUAUUACUUUUAAACAAAGUCCUUAUCUCAAAGAGUAUAUAGAACUAAACACUCAAUUACGACAGAAGGCGAAAAGUACAUUCGAGCAAGACUUUUUUAAAUUGUUAAACAACAGUGUCUUUGGUAAAACGUUAGAAAAUACUGAAAAGAGAGUCACCGUACAUUUAGUUAAUCAGUGGAGUGAUAAAACAAAUAAAACCAACAAAUCAAUAUCCGCUGAGAGGCUUAUAGCUAAUCCUUAUUUUCAUAGUUCAACAAUAUUGACUGAAAAUUUAGUUGCUAUACAAAUGAAACCAGAUCAAAUAAUCUUAGAUAAACCUAUUUACAUAGGUUUCACAGUCCUAGACCUUUCUAAGUCGCAUAUGUAUAAUUUUCAUUACAAUGUAAUUAAACCUUUUUAUCAUGAUCAAGUACGUCUAUGUUAUACAGAUACCGAUUCUUUUGUGUAUGAAAUAUAUACCAACGAUUUUUAUUGUGAUUUGAAGUAUCAUUUUUUGCAAUACUUUGAUAGCAGUAACUAUGAUAAUGAGAACGAAUUUGCAAUACCGCUAAUCAAUAAAAAAAUUCCAGGUCUUUUUAAAGAUGAAAUGGGUGGUAAAUAUAUCUCUGAUUUUGUUGGGUUGAGAUCAAAACUCUAUUCUUUAAAAACUCCAAAUACAGUUAUCAAAAAAGCAAAGGGAAUUAAAUCAUAUGUGUUACGGGACUUAGAUAUUACAGACUAUGAAAGCAUUUUAUUGGAUGGUGGAGUUAUUCGAAGAAAAAAUAUUAUGUUUAAAUCAUUGAAACAUGAAAUUUUUACCCAAACUGUUAAUAAAAUUGCAUUAUCUAGUAACGAUGAUAAACGAAUAAUUUUGAAAGAUAAAAUAGAAACGAAAGCCUGGGGUCACUCAUGUAUGAUGGGAAAGCAAUAA